UUGCUCUGAUUAACACAUCUUCCUAGCAUCUCAAUAACACAAAUGGGAGAGGUCGUUAUACUGACCUCUAAUGAACGGAUCACGCUCCUGAGCCACAAAAUUUGCCUUCCCUUACUUUUCAUUUCGUUUUUUUUUCUAUUCUCCAGUUUCACUCAGUCAAGCCAAUGCCUAAAUGUUAGUUCGCCCCAAGCUGUCUUACGAGGAUAGACGAGGUCGGUCUCACACCGAGCUUGAACAAUCUGAACAAGUUUCUUCAAUCUUCACCUCUUGUUUCUGACCAACUGGCCCUUGAGCACGGGUCUUCCUCCGUUAACCGAUGUCAGACGUCCAAGUGACAGAGAAAAGAAUCAUGGCACAAUGUUGUGACUGCUAAUCCCUUGCCGACCCUCAUGCGAUCCACAGGGCCUGCAGGAGAGUGGCAGUCGAGGAGAAGGUAUGCGACUGUCCACCCAAAUAUCCUGAAUCUCGAACCCCUGUCGUUUAAUAGUAGCCACCACAUUGCGCUCAUUCCGUGGCUCUCAAGACUGUUGCUCCUGGUGCUCUCCUGAGAGGAUAGCUAAAUUCCUGACUGGCCCAAUGGAACAUCCGAUUUGUCUUCUGCGUCUUGACUCACUUUUUCCCCGAGAUUGGGCCACUUGCAAGUCGGGUAGAAAUGGAGGAGGCACACCAUCGACUUUCCGCUUCACAGUUUGCACGGCACAAACGUAUUUUGCUACAAUUUGUCGAGUAGCAGAGACUUUGAGUGAAGUGUUCCCGUUCCUUUCGAGAAACAUGGAAACAACGCGUUUCAAAGAGCGAGGAGCUACGUCAAAGAGUGGGGCGACGACGUAAAAAUAUGGGACCCUCUCCAACAUAUGAAGACCAUCUGACAUUCACAUCAAACGCCUCGACCUAGUACUGACAUCUCAAAACCUGAAGAGUGACACAUCAAGUGAAUAACCAAUAUAUAGUAUGAGAAUAGUGUAUUGAAUCCACCGGUCGUCUGGAUAUCAGGAUUUGCGAAUGGCAAAUGAUGGCAAAAUGGAAUGUUAAAGAGUUCAAACUUUCAACAGUCGCGCCGAAGAAGAAUCGAGCCGAUGUUGCUGCCCGGGAAUGAAUGAAGUGUAAUCGCACUCGCCUUAGUGUUCAUCCAAAAAAAAUUACUCAAGAGUGGAGGUCGGGAUCGUGACAGUCGAUGCACCCAUGAGAUCCAAAUGGUUGGGAAGGGCGGUCCCCAUCCCCGUGCCGGACCCCUGCCAGUUGGGUCAGAAUGCCCUCGUCGUCUCGAUGCUUGGAACAUGAGUUUGAAGAGGAGCAAAAGAUCUCGAAUCUGAAGCGACUACGCGGCAAAGAGUCCCUGAAACAAUUGGAAUCUGGAAAGAGUGAUUGCGAAACCUGUUGCGACGAGUUUUGCGGAUGCUCCUUCUGCUCCUGCUGGCUGUCCCAACUUAUCUUAGCCGUGUUCUCGUUCGAGCACAAAUGCAUUUCCAUCAUCAUUUAUACCAUUUUCCCGCUCUUCAUUGUGCUCGACUUCUUGAUCGGUUCCCUGGCCAAGUCUCAAGGUUGGUAUUCGGCCAGUUUAGGACAAAUGGUGUGCCACUGGAGUGCCACGGCUUGCGCCAUUUGGAUCGCCGUAGCCCUAAGUGCCACCCUAGUGGCGGCAUUCAGUUUCUUGGGGAAAUUGACUAAUUUUCUCUGCGAUUCGUGCCACAAGCAGGGCAAGCUCAAACGUCUCAAUUUGAAGAACGGCCCAUCAGGCCAACAAGCACCGGAGAUCACCGUCACAUCAGAGUCCACGGAAGAUGUUGACGAGGGCAACGAUCAUGUUGACGAAGACUAUGACUUCUGGCAAUCUCGGCGAGGAGCUCGAUACUACGCCAGUCGGCCUUCGUCUACUGUGGUUGUCGUUGUGUGAAAAAGCAGGCGACCGAUCGAGCAUAGUGUCCUUGUUGAGGAAAAUUGAAAUUUGCUCCUCGUCGACGUCAUUGGAGAGAAGAACAUCUUAAUGAUCAUACAUCGUGCAUUACCAGGGCGCACUGGCGGCCGCUUGGAUGAUUUCAUUCAAGCAUGCAUUCAUUUGAGGGGAACGAAAUUGGAAAGUCAAUCCCAACAGGAAGGAAAAGAUCUAGCUCAAAAAGACACGGAGAUGCCAUGACCAAAAUUCACGAUUGAUUGACGAGGAUAUUUUAAUACUUUUGUACUGAAGUGUCUCUGAAAUAAAAAUGUGAGCAAAUCUGACUAAAAUCCAGA